AUGCCGCACCUACGGCUUGGUGCUGGUGCACGCUCGAUCGGCAUGGGUGGUGCCUUUACAGCAAUCGCUGAUGAUGCCACCGCAACCGUUUGGAACCCAGCAGGACUCGGCUCCGCAGCGGAUUUAAGUCUCAAUUUUUCAACACAGCAACUUGAUCUGGAUAGGAGCCAUAACUUCAUCGCAUUGACGAAAACUCUCGGUUCAGCCGGAUCUAUCGGACUUGCUGUCACAAAUGCAGGUGUAAGUGGUAUCCAGCAAUAUGAUGCCACAGAACGCUACGGUGGCACAUUCAACUAUAGUGCGAACGCCUAUUCCCUCUCUUACGGCAUUGGUUUCGGAAACUUCGGUAUCGGUUUAACAGGCCGCAUGCUGACGGAUAACUUUGGUGCAGAGGGAGUUGAAAACCAGAGUGGCUUUGGUGGCGUAGAUAUCGGGCUGAUGGGACAUGCCCUGCACAUAGAUGUAGGCGAGGAAAAGGUCCCAACCUUCCAUUACGGCAUCGCUGCUAAAUACUUGGGGGCAGCCCUCGGUGACGACACUGUGCCGAUGGUGGUUAGCGUUGGUGCAGCCUACAACCUCUAUAUGGGCAACGUUGUCACAUUCGCAGCCGAUAUUGAGCAAGAAUUCGUCAAUCUUGACGAGAGCGCGGUGAGCCUAAGACUCGGUGCUGAAUACACUAUUCUCACUUACAAAUCCACUGCCUUUGCCAUUCGAGGCGGGGCCAGAGCAUCACGCGAUACCCAAAACCUCUUCGGAGGAUUUGGCGUGAACAUCGGUGGCUUGCAGAUUGACUAUGCCAUUCAAGAUGGCAUGGCAAGUGAAAUUAACGGUGUCGGAUCGACUCACUUUGCGUCCCUCUCUUAUAGAUUUUAA